AUGACUGUAAGGGAGUAUGAAGCGGAAUUCAACAGCCUCAAGAAGUAUGCUAGGCGUGAAGCUGAGUGGGAAAUCUCCUUGGUCCGCAAAUUCAUGCGUGGACUCAGGGUUGAUCUCCGAACUCGUUGUAAGAUCCGCAACUAUGAUACUGUGGCUGAACUGGUGGAAAAGGCCGCAGAACAGGAAGCUGGAAUCAGUGAGGAAGCCAAGGUGUUUGGCACAGUGGUGCAUGUCCAUCCUGGUAAGCAUGCAGGAAAGAAUCAAAAGCCGGUGAAGGCUGGCUCUUCCAGCAAGCCGAAUGCAACAGGUCGCAGUGCGUGUUCGACUUGCGAGAAGAUGCACUCUGGUGUCUGCCGUGCUGCUACGGGUGCUUGUCACCGUUGCAGAAGUGUGGAUCACAAGGUGCGUGAUUGCCUUGAGGAAGAUCUAAGGCCGAAGAGCCAAAACAAGGGUGAUGGGAAACGUGUGUGCUACAACUGCGGCGAAACGGGGCACUACAAGAAUCAGUGUCCGUAG